AUGGGCAAAUCAAGCUUGCUUUUGUUCAUCGUAUUGAUCAACGACAUCUUAAACAUUACCGCCUGUCCAACGAAUCUCACCACCACCACAACACCGCCGAUUUUUGUUAGUGAUAGAGCAAGAGAGUGCUGGAGGGAAUGCCAGGAAAGUACGGAUGAAAUGAACAUCUUCAACUUGUGCACUUACAAUUUCGUUUUAGAGGAAACAUUUGUUAACCCCUAUUACAGUUGCACGUUUAGGCAUCCGGAGUGCGAGGAGGCUUGCCACAAUUGUCUUGGACCCGGCAACUCAAUUUGUGUCAUCUCAAGUCGAGUGUCAAAAUUUUUCGAUUACGUGUGUGAUUGCGAACAGAUGUGUGAAUGUCCAGAAAGCUGCAAAAAACGAGGGAUUUGUAUUACAGACCAUGACAGAUGUCUGUGUAAGCCUGAUCAU